UGGCCCCGGGCGGGGUGCCGCACCGUACCGUACACUCUGCUGGGACACAGGCUUGGAUCGAUCCCGUGCAAUGAGAAGGAGAUGCAAGUUGUAUCUAUUCAGAGCUGCCCUCAUCAUAUCUUUGUGCGGCGUAACUGUCGUCUAUUGCCUGAGAAACGCACACUCCCAGACUGCACUGCUCUGUGCACAGCAAGAAGUGGGCUACUCAAGAGGCGAGACCUCAGGGACAUUCUCCCUGACUGCUGAUGAAGGCAACCACCUCAAGUACUCUCAGUUGCUUCAGGACAUCCUCAGAUCUUACCAGCAUUAUCACGGAGUCAGGAAAAAGGAGUUGGCAGCUGGGAACACCUCCAAGACCCUCACCUGGUACUGCAUCAAGGGUGCAGGUUGCAAUGGAAUUGGUGACAGGGUGAUUGGGAUGUGUGUGGCAUUCCUGCUGGCCGUGGUCACAAACAGAACGUUCUUUAUCCACCAGAGUGGUGCAGUUCAGAGCACAAUGUUCCUGGAGCCCAGUGCUAUUGACUGGAGACCAAUCCACAACUGUGUUGAACUUCGCCACGACCAGAUGCUAGCACAUUUUGGCCGCCCUAGCAACUUUCAAAAGAAUUGGCUAAUGGUGACAAUGAACUUUAGUUUGGAGCUAAACAGGCUCAGUGACUUUGACAGCAUCUAUAUAUCAGACAAAGAAGAGUUUUACGAAACCAUAAUGAGUAUUAGGCACUCUGUGAUAUACGAUAACCUAAGUCCACUGCACCGCAGACUCCUUCAAUCAAUUCUAGAAUCAGGAGCUGGUGAAAGUCUACACUCCUUUGGCACCGUGCUGCACCAGUAUCUCUUCCGUCUGCCACAGCGUGUGCAACAAAUGGGUCUUAUGAAACUGAAUGAGCUCAAACUUCAGCCACGUCGGUUUGUCACUGUUCACAUUCGCACGGGUUUCAAGAAUAGUAUGUUUGGAGAGAUAUUGCUAACCGAAGAAUUCUUUAAAGGAGAGAGAUUUGUACGGAGAAAAGACUCGUGGCGAAACAUGAUUGAUUGUGCAAUUAGGAUAUCUGAUUCAAGGUUUGGUAGAAAGAGCACAAUACUGGUGGCAUCAGAUGACAGAGAGCCAAAGAUCUGGGCAGCCUCCGAGUACAAGUCCAGGGUCACAAUGCUGGACAUUGACCCUGUUCAUGUAGCUAAUAAGCCAAUAUUGGGGGUUUUCAGGUCCAAAUCAAAGGAUGUGUAUCUGGAUACGUGGGUGGAGCUGUCCGUCAUGUCACAGUCAUCAGCCAUUGUGGGUAUAUACAGUGGCUUUGCUGAAGUGGCAAGUCAUGCGGGAUCUUUGGACCCUCGCUCUGUCUAUAUCUACAACAUUUCUCAGGAAACCUGUACCCACUUGACAUAGUAUUUAUAUCACUCUUUC